AUGAAAAAUAGAUGCAGCCAAAACAAGAUUAGAAGACUAAUAAAAGGAAAUGGGAGCAUAGUGCAAACAAGGGAGGACAUUGAGGAGGAGGUGACAGGAUUUUAUCAACAGCUAUUUGGCUCAUCAGCAAGUGAGUUGCCUGCUAUUAAUCCAACUAUUAUGAGAGAUGGUCCCAUGAUGAAUAGACAGCAACAACUACAACUAAUUGCAGAGAUCACAAAGGAGGAGAUUUAUCAGGCUCUGAAAGGUAUCAGUGAUAACAAAGCCCCUGGGUGUGAUGGAUUUAAUGCUCUAUUUUUCAAAAAGGUUUGGCCUGUAGUAGGAGAUACAAUCACAGAUGCAGUCAUGGAAUUUUUUGCAAACUCAAAUAUGUAUCAGCCUAUUAACUACACAACAAUAACCCUUGUUCCUAAGGUGAAAAGUCCUUCUAAAAUUACUGAGUACAUGCCAAUAUCAUGCUGCACAAUUCUUUACAAGAUUAUAUCAAAGAUACUAACAAACAGACUACAAGGAGUGAUGGAUGGGCUGGUGGAUAAGAGUCAGUCUGCAUUUGUUCCUGGUAGACUGAUAAGUGAUAACAUAAUACUCAGUCAUGAGUUAGUGAAAGGUUAUGGCAGGAAAGGUAUUUCUCCCAGAUGUAUGCUGAAGAUAGACAUGAAGAAGGCAUAUGAUUCAGUAGAGUGGGGUUAUCUAGAGCAAGUGUUGACACACCUGCAGCUGCCAGGAAGAUUUGUGCAAUGGAUUAUGAGUUGUGUUACAACAGUAUCAUACUCCAUUAUGAUUAAUGGGCAGCCUACAAAGCCAUUUCAUGCUAAAAAGGGAUUGAGACAGGGAGAUCCCCUAUCUCCUUACUUAUUUGUACUGGUUAUGGAGUAUUUGACAAGGCUGUUGAAGACUCUUAAAAAGGAUCCUAACUUCAACUAUCAUCCUAAAUGUGGCAAACUAAACAUAGCAUCAGGGCUAGAGGCAAAUGCUGAUAAAAGUUCCAUAUUCUUUGGUGGAGUGCAUGAUGAUCAGCAACAGAGGAUAUUACAAGACUUGGGGUUUGUUCCACCAGUUUGGGAGAAUUCAACUAAUCAAGAGUGUGCUAUUCUCUAUUCAAGUAUACUGGUCUCAGCUGGUGGUCUUAAUCUGCUAGCUAUAGAGGAAUGGAAUAAGGCAGCCAUAUGUAAACUCCUUUGGAACCUGUGCAAGAAGAAGGAUAGGCUAUGGGUGCAGUGGAUACAUGUGUAUUAUAAAAAGAAGAAUACACUGUGGGACACUGCACCAAAACAAGCCUCUUGGAUAGUGCAGAAGAUACUUAAAGCCAAGCAAUACUUGGAGGAAGUUGGCUAUAUAGAGGAGGAUGUAGAGGAGAUAAACAACUUUUCUAUCAAGAAUAUGUAUGGGAAACUGAGGGGGGAAUUUGAUAGAGUACCAUGGAGGAAACUGGUGCACAGCAGUAUUGGAGUACCAAAGUGGAACUUCAUAGUCCACCUAGCUGCACAUAGAAGAUUAAUGAUAAAAGACUGGCUAAGGGGAUUGGGCUAUGUAGAGGAUGUAACAUGUUCUUUGUGUAAUAGUGAGGAGGAGACAGUGGAUCAUCUGUUUUUUAAAUGUACCUUUGCAUCGAGAAUAUGGACAGCAAUGCUACAAUGGCAAGGGAUUCAGAGGCAACCAAUGAUGUGGGCAAAUGAGCUUGAAUGGGCAGGGAAGUACUACAGAGGGAGGAGCACAACAGCUGAGCUACAUAAACUUGUGUUGGCAGGAACACUGUAUUACAUAUGGCAAGAAAGGAAUGGCAGGAUUUUCAACAGACUUCAACGAUCAGAAGUCACUCUAAGCAGAGCAAUUACUCAGGAUGUGCAUGGGAGAGGAGAAAGCAAACACAGGAUACAAAGAAGAUAA